UCCAUUACAUAGGUUAAUGCCAACGUUCAUUUGACUUAUUUCAAUGCUGACUUGAUUGUUAAUCGCGGUAUUUAGUUGGUUAACGCGCAAGAGACGAGUACCGCGCGAGAAGGUGUUCGUGAAUGUGCUUUUUUUAACAAGUACAGCCUUUAUGUAAAAGAUAUACAAAGUUAGUGUUUUUUCGUAUUUGUUUAAAACAGUUUUGGUAAUUCGAACUUUUUACGUACUACUUAUAGAUUGAACAAGAUGGAGUUUAUAAAGUGGAAAGUACUAUUAAUCAUCCCCAUGUUGUUCUUAUCAACAAGUCAGUUGCCAACAGAAUCGGAGAAGAUUCAAAAGAGAUAUGGCGACGCAUUAGCAGCCAUUAUGGGAAUCGGCAUCCGUUUGCAAGCAGUUUUAGAAGAUCCCUCUUCAACAUCGAACUUCAUUGUUUCGCCUAUUAGCGCAGCCGUCGCAAUAGCUCAACUUAUCCUGGGUACAGAAGGAGAACUACAAGACAACUUGUACUAUCUACUUUCUCUUCCUAACACUCAGGAAGCGGAUAAGACAACGGUGAUUUCCUAUUUUCAUAAAAACAAUAACUUUAGUUAUGUUUUACCGUAUGCAAGACUUCAUUUACAAUUAGGUGCUUUACUUAAAGUUUUGGCCAGAGAUUCGAUUGGAAAACCGUACAAAUUAUCCUGUAGUAGCGUAUGGUUUGUGAACAAGGAUAUCAAGUUGAAGCAGGAAUUCUUGCAAAAUUUACGAAUCUUCGAGUCGCAAGUGUUCAUGAUGAACUAUUCCACCGAUCCAAUUGCGUCGCAGAAUUUCAUCAACAAAUGGACCGCAGAUCAUACUAAUCAACUCAUACAGAAAAUCCUUUACAGUCCAUUACCAGCGUCCACUUCUGCAGUUUUCCUUAAUACCGUCCAUUUUAAAGCGGAAUGGGAAACACCAUUCAGUGACGAGCUGAACAUAAUGGGACCAUUUCAAGUGACACCGACCAAACAGUCGCAAGUAACGUUCAUGAGAGGAUACAUGGACUCAGUGCAGUAUAUCGAAAACAAGGAAGCUAAAUACAGAAUGUUGGGACUUCCUUACAAGAACAACGAGUUAAUCAUGUUCAUAAUAAUGCCCACAGAUGAUCACGAGCACAAGUUUAAUUUGAAAAGAUUCAUCUACUCUUUAAAGGGAAGUAAUAUCCUGACCGAAAUACAAUCCGCAAAACGGAAACAAGUCCUGGUAACGCUGCCCAAAUUCAAUCUUACGAACACGGUUAGUCUUCUUGAACCUAUGGAAAAGUUUCUGGCUUUCAGAGCUAGCCAAAAGAACAAGCAACCCUUAGAUGUCAAUUUAACAGGGAAUGCGGUAGACCUUGUUGAGAAAGGAGUUGGCGAAUUUGUGACUUCCAGAACUACCGAGAAUGUUGAUAUUCAAUUAACAAGAGCAGUGGACAAUGGCAACUUUAGACUGUCAAAUAUGUUACAAGAAAUGACAAUUUCUGUAAACGAAAAAGGCACAGAAGCAGCGGCGGUAAGCAUGAGCAUUAUAGAUUAUAUUGGAGGUAGCAAAAACUUCAGAGUGGACAGGCCUUUUGUAUUUUUUAUACGUCAUGAACUAACAACUGCCCCUUUGUUCUGGGGAAUGAUCUCUGAUCCUUCUUUAAAUCAUUAAACGGUUGGUAAAUCGUGACAACUUUCGUUGUUUCUCUUUUUUUUUGUUUCUAUCUACUUCAGAAAUGGGACUGAAGAACUGUUAAGAAGCUUUGUCGAAUAUUUUAUGUUGUGUAUAGUUCCUUAAGAUUGCCAUUAAUAUCUAUUAUUUAUUGUACUACUUUACACGUAGGUGUAAAUUUGUGUGUGAUAUGUAUAUGAAUGCAUGUUUUUUUUUUUACAAAUAAGAUGCAGAAUGGAAUAAAUUUAUUAUUCCGAGCAAGAAUUUUAUAAUGUAAUCAACCGAGCCAAUAAAAUGUAGCACCUAAGUGCAUA